AUGGAGGAUAAACUGUGCGUUUUCUGCUCGGCUGAGAAUGAAGAUCUAGAUCAUCUGGGUUUUCUUUGCUUUUUCGCUGCAAAAGUAUGGGAAAAGAUUGCUGUUUGGCUUGACAUAAGGCUGACAGUCUCCUUGGCUGGUUCUGCUCACUUUUCAUCCUUUUUCCAGGAACUGCGAGGAAAGAUGGAAAAGAAACAAAUUGGCAUAAUUUGGUUGGCUACGAUAUGGUCUCUUUGGAACUCAAGAAACAAUUUCAUCUUCAACAAUUCUGAUAUUGUUCUAGAUGAAGUGGUGGUGGGCAUCAAAAUGGUUUCUUGGAUUUGGCUUUCGGCGGGGGUGACUAAUCGUGUCUUUAUAUCGUUUUAUUUUUGGUUUCAAGCCCCUUUGGUGGCCUUAAAAAACUUGUAG